AUUUCAAAAUUAAGGUGCUAGUAGCUGCUUCUUUCUCAAAUCUCAACAUAAAUGCAGCUCAACCGUCGGCAUCCUCCCUUCCUCCCUCUCUCUGGAUCUGGUUGAGUUUGAUCACAGAUUUUUUUUUUCUUCCUGCGAACAGCCAAGUGGGCAAUUUCUGGCAAGUUUAACAAGAGUAGUCGGAAAUGUCGCAGUUCCUGUUGGUAGCCGCUGCAGCGACUACUGGGUACUUCGCAAAACGCAUCAUAGACGCCUUUACAGAUUCCCGGACACAUGAUCUGAGACGCCACCAACAACUCUCCGAUGACAUUUCUGACUCGGACGUUCAGGAUCUUCCUCCCCAGUCUUCCUGCGAGGUUAUUCAACCCCAUAAGGAUCACCACGGUUUGGAUACUCUCGACGUCCAUAGGUCGAAGAAAGCCGAGACCGAUGAUGGGGUUUUCAGAUUUUCGAGCGUCCGUGUCGGUUCGACUAGAACAGGGCAUGCGGCUGCAAGAUCUGGGCCGGGGAGACGAAGAAGUGGAGCGCCAAAGAGGAAGAGGAUGUCUCUGCGUUUGAAGAAGCAGAAGCACAGUAAGGGAUGUUUGGGGAGGGAGCGCCGUGAUCCCGGCCUGGUUAGCAGUUCAUCCUUUUCCCAAGAGGAUCAUCUUUUCAGUUGGGGGAUUAGCAUGGGGGCCAUGCUUAUGGCUUCUGUGGGGAAACAUGAAAUGGAUAAACUAAGUGUUGCUUUGGACGAGACCGGAAAACUCAUACAUGAAUUGAAAACAGAGCUCCAUACCAGAAAAUCUAUGCGAAGCUCGAACCCAUUAAGUGGUAAAUGUCCGGUAAUUCCUUGCAAGGAAGAAAGUUUUGAAUGUGCGGUAAUUCCUUGCAAGGCAGAAGGUUUGGCCACAGAAAAGCAUAUGAUGCAUGAGGAAUUUCAUGAAGAAGAGAAAUAUCUGGAUCCGGGUAUUGCUUCUACUCCAGCCCAAGAUGGAAGUGGUGAUUAUGCAAGCAGUGUUGUUACAGAAGAGUCGCCUCAGAGGACUCUUGAAAUGCGGGAUCUUGAGGCAGAACUGGAAUCAGAGUUGGAAAAAAUUUCCUGGAGUCUGGCACACGAGAGUUCACAACCUGUAAAGGGUUUAUCCAAAUUGAAUCUGAUGGAUCCCAUUGUGGUGCUAAACUCCAAUAAUGAGGUCACUCAUGUGCAUCCACAUCCAGGAUCCCAUGAACAUAGACAUGGGAUAUCAAUCCUGGAUCUCGAGCAUGAACUACGCAAUCUUAGCAUGGAGCAUCAGGAAACCCACAUUCAGAAGAGCAAUUUGACCCCUCAGUCAACUCUGGCAUCGAUUCAUUCAGAGAUUGGUGAUGAUGAACUCUCUGGAGAUUCUGCCACCUCUGGUGCUGUAAAAGAUGAAGCAUGGGAGGAAGAACAAAAUUGCUAUACCAUCCUAAAGAAAGUGAAACCUGUUAAUCAGGAAUUUCCAACUCUGAGGAAGAAACGAACUUUCGAGGCCGAGCUUCCAUGCCAUUGCCCACUAAAUGCCUCUUAUAAUGCAUAUGUGUGUCAAUGACAGCAGCAUUUUUGUAUAGGAAUUAUGCCUAGUUAACCUAAUCACCUGUCAAUGCCAUAAUUAUCAAAUAAACGCUAAGUUCUACUCAACCUGCUACCCUUUGAUCAUAGAAUUUCAUGGGGCUUCAACUAGUUGCAGAACCCUCGGUUUCAUUUCUAGCAAGAAUGAAGUGCCUUGCUCGCUCACUCCUACCGAGUCCGCUUGCUUGUUUAUGCACUGAAUGUAAGGUGGGGAAGAAAACCUUAUUGCUCAGGCCAAUACUAAUCUUGUUGAUUUUCUUUC